AUGAAGGCAAGUACAUCACAGCGGCGAGAAACAGUUAUCAUCGUCGGAGCCGGCCCAUGCGGCCUAUUGCUAGCGGUAUUCCUUCAGAAACAAGGCAUCCAAACUCAAGUCCUCGAGGCGGCUGCCGAGCUCAACGACCAACCUCGCGCAUGUCACUACGGCGGUCCAUCCAAGUACGAACUAGAACGGGCCGGAGUCCUCGACGCCAUCUCGGCCGAGGGCUUCCACCCCGAUGCCGUGAGCUGGCGCCGCAAAGACGGCUCGAAGAUCGUCAAGUUAGAUAGCUCCGACGAGCCAGAGUCGAGCCUGUACCGCAUGGUGUGUCUGCCCUUGGGCCGCGUCGUCCAGAUCCUGCGCGAUGCCGCCGUCGCGAACGGGUGCGAGAUCCUGCUCCAGCACAAGGUCACGCCCAAUCUCGGAACCUCUGACGGGAAGGCCUGGGUCGAUGUCGAGGUGCCGUCGGGAGGCACCGAGAGAUUCGAGGCGGACUACGUGGUCGGCUGUGACGGAGCAAACAGCCAGGUGCGGCGGGCGCUCUUUGGGGACUUGGAAUUCCCUGGCUCCACGUGGGAUCAGCAGAUCAUCGCUAGCAAUGUCUAUUACCCCUUUGAGAAGCUCGGCUACGACGACUCAAAUUUUAUCGUGCACCAGAGCGACUGGUACAUGGCCGCAAAGAUCGCCACCGAUGGCCUGUGGCGUGUGACAUAUGGCGACGUGCCCGGCCUGACCAUAGAGGAGUAUACUCGGCGGCUUCCGAUGCGCUUCAAGGAGAUGAUAUACUCGAAACCAGAGCCGUCUGAAAUCAAGAUCGCCAACGUAGGGCCUUACCGGAUGCACCAGAGGCUGGCCCCGAGCAUGCGUUCUGGGCGGAUCCUCCUUGCUGGAGAUGCAGCCCACCUGUGCAAUCCCUUUGGAGGUCUCGGGUUGACAGGUGGCAUCGCCGACGUUGGAGCGCUCCAAGAUGCACUCGUCGGCAUUCACAAGGGGCUUGCAGAGGAUAGCAUCCUGGACAAAUAUUCGGAAAUCCGGUCGGAGAAAUACCGAACGAUAACUGACCCAAUCUCAACCAUGAACUUCAAGCGGCUAUGGUCAAAGACCCCGGAUGAGAUUAUCGCAGAGGACGAGUUCUUUGCGUUGCUUCGGACAGCUUCCACGGACAAGAAACUCAUGCAACAGCUCAGAGCAGGGAUGAUGGAUUUGCAGAGUGAUCUUACUAAAUUCUACAAGACAGGGGGCGAUCCUGCGAGUGCUUGA